AUGGACGCCUCUCUCUGCUCACGCUGGUCCAUCUGGUUUUGUGUCGUCUUCUGCAAAGUGACAACAGAUGCAGCGUCUACAGAGUCUCUGUCCGUCAGUCCUGACAGAACACAGCACUUCACUGAUGACAUCAUCUCUCUGAGUUGUGGGUUCAACUCCACUGGAGCAGAAUAUAAAAGAUAUUCUGACAACAAACUCUCUGCACAAACAUGCAGCUCAAUGAGGAAAGAUAAAUGUGACUUUAGUUUACAUGAGAAAACCAGUGCAGUGUUUUGGUGCGAGUCCAGAACUGGAGAAAUGAGCAACGCCAUCAACAUCUCCGCUCACACUGCCCCUGUGUCAAAAACAGGCCUCUCCUCUGUCCCUGUGAUGUGGGUGGUGGGACCUGUGUGUUCUGUGGUGUUACUGAUUCUGCUGCUGCUUCUGUGGAGCUGCACCAAAACAAAAGGCCAAGAUUCUGCCAGUGAGAAUGUUGAAGGAGGAGAAUCCCCAGAGCAGCAGCAGCUGUACUCAUCUCUUCUGCACGCCGACGUUUGUGUGUAUGAAACUCUCUGUGCUGCAAGCAACACAAACGGUGAAAAGUCUUUAGAUUCAACUAUUUAA